UCUAAUGGUUAGAGUCUAACCCAUGGCGGUCUCUCCACCACCCCAGGACAAGCCAAGCAAAGUCCCUUCAGCUCUAGAACUGCCACAGAGGCUGGCGCCAAGCCUGGAGAAAAACCCUGAGUCUUCAGGAGAGGAAGAGUCAUGCAUAUUGAGGGCCACAACUGCAGCUCAGACCCUAGCCAGUAUCAUUCGGCCUUGUUUUGGCCCCUAUGGCCGGCAGAAGUUCCUGGUGACUGCUAAGGGAGAAACAGUGUGUACAGGUCAUGCAGCUGCCAUCCUUAGGGCUCUGGAGCUAGAGCACCCAGCUGCCCAGUUUGUCCGAGAAGUAGCCCAAACACAGGCAGAGAACACUGGGGAUGGCACAGCCUUUGUAGUUCUCCUGACAGAAGCCUUGCUGGAGCAGGCCCAGUACCUUUUGUGGGCUGGCUUAGCUCGAACCCAGAUCCGGGAGGCCUUUGCCACGGCCACAGCAGAAGUCUUGACCGCUCUACCUUCCCUGGCCAUCCGCUCUCUAGGGCCUUUGGAAGACCCAUCCUGGGCCCUCUGUUCUGUGAUGAACACCCACAUGCUGUCUGACAUAGAGUAUUUAACCAAGCUUGUGGCUCACGUGUGCUGGGUUAGCAGGGAGCCAAAUGGCAGCUUCAAGCCUGAGCGUAUUGGGGUGUGCACUCUGCAGGGUGGGACACUGACUGAUUCUCGCAUUCUCCCGGGGUUAGCAAUAUCUGGAAAGCCCUGUGGACAAAUAACUGAGGUACUAGUUGAUGCCAGGGUGGCCCUAUUCAUUUGCCCCUUUGGUCCUACAGAUUCAUUUUCAUUGGCCACACCCCGUCUCUCCAGCCCGGAAGAGCUACUAAGAUUUCUGAAACAAACUGACCAAGUGCAAAAGGAAAUAACCCACCUGGCCUCUAUGGAAAUUAAUGUGGCGGUGGUAUGGGGGGAGGUUAAUGAGAAGAUGGUAGUCCAGGCUGACAACUGUGGCAUCAUGGUGAUUCAAGCCAAUUCCCGAAAGGAGAUGGUCUACCUGAGUGAGAUGAUGGGUACUCCUCUGCUGACUCGCCUGCUGCCUCCCCUGGAGCCUGGGAGGUGCCAGAAGGUUUAUAGGCAGGAGUUGGAAGACGGCAUGGUGGUAGUGUUUGAGUGGGAACCUGAGAGUGCUCCAUCUCUCACCGUGAUCCUUAGGGGGCCCACCAUCCAGGGACUUCGGGGUGCAGAGCAGGCUGUCUACUAUGGCAUUGAUGCAUUUUACCAGUUGUGUCAAGAUCCCAGACUGCUACCAGGAGCUGGUGCCACAGAAAUGGCUCUAGCAAAAAUGCUGACGGACAAAGGAAGCCGACUGGCAGGCCCCAAUGGUCUGGCCUUCCUGGCAUUUGCCCAGGCCCUGAGUACUCUGCCUAAAACCUUGGCAGAAAAUGCUGGCUUAGCUACCCAAAGUGUGAUGGCAGAAAUGAGUGGAAUUCACCAAGUUGGGAACUUCCUCAUUGGAGUGGGAACAGAUGGGAUAAUAAAUGUGGCCCAGGAAGGGAUAUGGGACAUCCUGAGGGCCAAAGCCCAAGGACUGCAAGCAGUCGCUGAGCUGGUGCAGCAGCUGGUGAGUGUAGAUGAGAUCAUAGUGGCCAAGAAGACCCCUCCUGCCUACCAGCAGAUUACAAGGCCCACCUUGAAGGUAAAGGGUUCCUCACCCCUGAGAGAAAAAAUUUAUGGAAAGUAUGUAUAG